CGAAAUUAGACCGUUUGAACCCCACCUAUAAACACGCACACAAAUGCUGGAUAGGUCGGAAUAUAGUUUCGACUACGAGGACGAGGUAUCGCUCGAGUCAUAUGAAAGUCUGCCACUGGGGCUGGACCCACAGGACGAGUUCUCGCGUGUCCCCUCGCAGGCACAAACGGUCUCCACCUCGCCGGCUCAUAUCGAUGUGGACAAGCCCCAGCGCUGGCUAAAAUCGCCAAAUUCGCUUAGCCCAGUCUCGUAUCGUCCGCUAAGUAUAUCCUGGUAUAUUUAUGAGCAUAUGGUGGAACCUGCCCGGAGCCUCCAGCGGGAUUUCUUGCCGCAUUUCUCGCUCGAAGAGGCGGUUUUGCUUCUUCAUCAUAAGAAAUGGCUGGUGGAUGAGGUCACCAGCGAUUUCUUCAGCGACUGGCCGCGGCUCAGGGAUGCGUGUGGUUUGCCCGACAAACGGGGCACAACUCCAGAACUCCGCGAGUACGAUGACUUCAUGUGUCCCAUAUGCUGUGAGGCCGGGAGCCUUGUUGUGUUUGCGCUUCUGUGUGGGCACAAAUUCUGCGCGCCUUGCUAUAAGCGGUACAUUCUUCUGAACGUCUCCAGCGGGUGCUUGGUGCGGUGCAUAGAUACGCUGUGCAGACUCACGUUGCUGUACAGUGCCAUUUCGCUGCUUUUGGAUACCGGCGAAUCUGAUGAGCUUGUGGAUUUACCCACUAGCAGUCUCGUGGACGACUAUGACGCGCAGUUUGAAAACAUGCACUUGACAGACCUCGAUGAGGCGUUUAAAGACAAGGAGCCUCUCCUAAGAAACCCGCUCUUGGUCUAUGCGGCGCGUGUGGCCAUCGACGCCCUGCACUCGAAAUUCCGGUGGUGCCCGGCCGUCGACUGUUCUCAAUUUGUAGAGCUUGCUAGAGGGUCACUACAGGAAACGGAUACAGAAGUGAGCAAUAACAACGACUUGGGCUCUGUCGCCAUUGUCACGUGUGGACAGGCCCACCAGUUUUGUUUCACAUGCCACUACGAAAAUCACUUGCCGUGUCCCUGCUGGCUCACCAAGGCGUGGGUCAAACGCUGCGAGGAUGACUCGGAAACAGUCAACUGGAUUGACGCUAACACGCAGGGAUGCCCAAAAUGCCUGGCGGUGAUCGAGAAAAACGGUGGGUGUAAUCACAUGACCUGUGGAAAGUGCACCCACGAGUUUUGCUGGAUCUGUUUGGGUGAUUGGUCCUUGCACAAGACCAGCAACUACGAGUGCAAUCGCUAUGAUCCGAAGGAAGUAGAAGAGUUGAAGAAGAAACAGUCCGAAAAGCAGUACUCGCUUGGCAGGUAUCUUCACUUUUACCGACGCUUCUCAGUGCACCAGAUUUCCAUGGACGGCGACAAAAACACGUUGAAAGUUGUGCGUCGCUGUAUGCUUCAGUACAUGAAGGCGCAGACUCUCAGUAGUGAACGCACAAGCUCGUGGAAUGACGUUCAGUUUCUCUCUGAUGCAAUCCGCAGUUUGUUCAGUGGUAGAAAAACACUCAUGUGGACAUACGUGUUUGCUUUCUAUUUAAAGAAGUCCAACUUCUCCAUUAUUUUUGAGGGGAUGCAAGAUUUCUUGAACAAAACUGUAGAAGACCUCUCGCAGCUCUUCGAGGAGAUCAAAGUGUUGGAUUCGCCGAGAAAAACUGCUGCCAGAAUCACGCUGAAACGGGCCGAAAUCAUGAGCUUGGCAUCAUUGGUCAUGCGCCGCAGAAACAUGCUUAUCGAGUGUGCUCAUACAGGGCUUCAGCAAGGAACGUUGCAAUUUUCCUCUCCCUAG